CCAUGGCCAACAGUGAGCGCACCUUCAUUGCUAUCAAGCCUGAUGGGGUCCAGCGGGGGCUCGUGGGAGAGAUCAUCAAGCGUUUUGAACAGAAGGGAUUCCGCCUUGUUGGUCUGAAAUUUAUGCAGGCUUCAGAGGACCUUCUCAAGGAGCACUACAUUGACCUGAAGGACCGUCCCUUCUUUGCUGGCCUCGUGAAAUACAUGCACUCAGGACCAGUGGUUGCUAUGGUCUGGGAGGGGCUAAAUGUUGUGAAGACAGGCCGGGUGAUGCUGGGAGAGACCAACCCUGCAGACUCUAAACCUGGGACCAUUCGAGGAGACUUUUGCAUCCAAGUUGGCAGGAACAUCAUUCAUGGCAGCGAUUCUGUGGAGAGUGCAGAGAAGGAGAUCGGCUUGUGGUUUCAGCCUGAGGAGCUGGUGGAUUACAAAAGCUGUGCACAAAACUGGAUCUAUGAGUGACACGAGGCACCUGCUCUUCCUCUCUACAUACCCCUGUUCUCACAGGCAAGGGACCAGCAACUCUAGACAUUUCUGCAACUUCCUUUGUCCUGGAAGGAGCCUCUGGGAACUGUGACUCCCUGUGCAGUGUUAAGUGUGUGCCACUGGUGGAUUAAAGUGUUUUAUCUCCA